AAGCGCAAUUUUCGUAACCAGCGUAACUUAGAUAUAUGCAAGGUAUUGGAUGCAUAACUUUCCAUAGUUGAACAUUGCAACCUCUCAAGGAUAUAUCUGGAGUAAAUAAGUACUUUGUAUUUUCAGAGGCUUUACGAUGAAACCACCAUUUAUGGAUAACUUUUGAACGACAUUAAUGCGGCCUUGAGAAUGUUCACCCUUUUGAUUAGGGAUAAAGAGGAUUUUAAACCUAUGUGAAGGAUAAGGAUUGUGAUUUAUGGUUGACGAUUAUGGAUAGAGAUUAGAUUCAAGGUUUACAUCACGAACUGACACCAGCUUAAGUGCCAAGACGCUAUUUAGCCAAAAGGAUAAAGAAUUCCGCGCGGAAAUCGUAAGUCUGUUUGGUUCGUCUAUAAAUCAUAGUCUCGUCGCGCACAAUCUCCCUUCUACGUUUCUCGAAAAGAUAGAUGAAACUGGUUUCAUGUAGGGGCUAUGAGCACUGAAAAAGCUGUGUUUCCUUUUAAAUUGUUCAUUUUGGUUCAUUUUCAAACUUUUCAAAGUACGUUGAAUAUCCCGUAGAUUAUGUAUUGGCUAUUAUCAUCAGGCCUUGUGCCAGUUUUCUCGUAUCUGCUUUUAAUAUAUACUGCGUCUAUCGAAAUAAUGAUGUAGAAUACAACCGGAAACUUGUCGAAAGUGCGUUUCAUUAUGUAGAGGAAGAGAUUAGUUAUCUUCCUUUAUCUAAGGCAUCCCCUAGACAUACCUUUACCGAACAUUUUGACUUCGUUGGUGUCCGUGGGUUAUGAUUUAGAGUUAGUAGCAUUGAACUGAGGAAUCUAGCAUAAAAAGCAAGAAUCCUAGCGAGCAAUGUUUUUCAUAUAAGCAUUAGAGAAGUUAAUAAGUUUGCUAAUUUUCGUUUUAUGAUAGAGUUAUCAUCUUACCAGGCAUCUCAACUUUUUGAAACACACUAAAUAAGUAAGGUUUCACAUACUCGGCUUUGGGCUGUGUUUAGUGUAGAAACCUGUGAUAACAUACAGAUGUUGAAGCUGGAUCUAAACUACGGUCUACGAUGCAAACUUUAAGCUACUGAGAUAGCUGUCUUUCCAAACCAACUCACUGACAGACGUCGCUUUUUCGGAAAAACGUCACCCAGAUUCAUCCUUAGUAUAAUCCAUCUGUUAUUAAUCGUGGCAUUAAUAAACAUUGCUAGCAAGUCACUUUAUCGUAAACUGUUAAUUAAAAAUAAGUUCAACUGAGUAGGAAAUUGACAUUGGGUUGUUUUUAGGAACCUGUGUUUUCCCGAAUAUGACUUACCUCAUUGUUGUUUGUUUACUCUGAAAUUGAUUUAACAUACAACAAAUGUUUCAGGAAUGCUAUUAGUUCAUUAACGAUAGGCCUGAAUUUUUAUAAAUUACCAUGUUAUAUACACCUUGGCGUCUCAAGCUACGCUGAAGACCAGCCAAUUGUAAAUCCAAAUAAAACAGUUAAAGCCGAUUUUCAUAACUUAGAUUAUAGGAUUUAAAAUAGUUCAUUAAAAAGUACAUCGCUAAAACUACGGGGAUAUAACUUUAUCAUCCCGAAGUGCGUUCUUAAGAAAUCAUAACGUGAAAUUUCAUUCUAUGGAGAAUCGGCUUAUACCAACUUCUCUCUAGCUUCUUUCGAAACACGGGCUUUGUGUUUGAUGUUAGUGAUUGUACGUUUUUUCCUGUGAUAUCAAUGAUAACCCUUUGAAUCUGCGAAUAAUCAUCUCUGACCUCCGGUCUUUUGCUACAUACAAGCGUUUUUUAUAUGCACCAACAAAGAUAACUGAAUGUUUUGUUGAGUUUUCUAUUUUUAAGUUUCUCUGUGUAAAAAUAUCAAUGUAAAGGUUAUCAGCUUGUGUGGAUCUCGCGUAUUUUCUUCUUAGGAUGUCAGCAGAAAUUCAACAAGCCGAAGAAAAAUCGAUACGAGAACUUCUCUCUGAGCGUUAUAAGGACUACUUAAACCUUUCAGAUGCGGAUCGAAUUCGCUACGUUAAUUUUUCAAAAGAACUGAGCGCUGCAUUACAUGGUGAUGAUCCAUCAUCCUUAAAAAGGACGAUUGGUAAUCACAUCUUUUCUGAUCCUGAAAAGUUGAUUCACAUGAAAUUACUAACUUUUCCUUUGCCACCAAAUGAAGAAUUAAUGGUGCGCCGGGUAAUGGACAGUUGUCCAUUUAAAGCUCUGUUAAGCUGCUUUGGAGGUUCAUUCAACUUGAAAUAACCACUAAAUAAAUAUAUAGGUUUUGUUUUGGGCGGUAUCUUUGGGUUGUUUUCGGCCAGUGUGGACCCAAUGAGCACAGUACAUGGUGCGGAAAUUCCAACUACUCGUCAAGUUAUGAAGGAAAUGUAUUCCCGUUCAUUAUCACAUGCCAAGAGUUUUGCUAUGAUUGGGACACUUUUCGCUGGUACCGAAUGUGCUCUUGAGAGUGUAAGCUAUGUUAUGGCUUUGUGAUAUUGGUUUUUUAGUACCGUGGCAAGAGUGAUCUUCUGAAUAGUACAUUGUCAGGUGCAAUCGUCGGUGGUGGGAUAGGUUUUCGAGGUAAUUUUGUGUAUAUGUGAUACUCAUUUAAAUUUUACUAGCUGGUUUACAAGCCGGUCUUUUGGGAGCUGCUGGCUUCUCAAUAUUUUCUACUGCCAUCGAUUACUAUUUUAGACACAAAAACUAGUCGUUCUUGACUCAGUACUUGUACAGUUGUAGUAAAAUAUAAUGAAAUAUUGCACAGAGUUUCUUUUCAUUUUGCCCUGUUUAUCCCGUUCGUUUAUCAAGUGUUUGUUUUCAGAUAAAUCACGGUCGUUUGUCGGAGAUGAGUCAUAAAAUUAAGUCGGAAGUCAGCUCAUAUUACAAACACGAUAAGGUUACUGUAAAUCGUCGCAGAAGUUCUAGCAUUGAUAGUAACGAUGAUAAAAUGUCUUACGUCAGUCGGUCGUCUAAUCAUAAACAUAGCAAGACUAAAUCUCAUAGUUCGACUAAGUCAACAACCCAUUCAGAACAUAAGACAUCCCACCAUUCUUCCAAAAAGAAAAGAAAAAAGCAUAGGAGGUCAUCAUCUAACUCAUCGUCCUCUUCAUCAUCAUCGUCGUCAUAUGACAAUCGCUCUGAUAAUGGAACCACGAAGAAACAUACAUCAUCAGCCGCUGUUCCCAAGGAAUUGUUAUCUCUUUCACUGGAAGAAAUACAAAAGAUUAGUGAGGAAAGGCGACAAAAGAAGGCUUUGAUAAAAAUCCUGGAAACACCAGAAGAGAAACGAGCUAGACGUUUAGCUAAAAAGGAAGCUAAAGAACGUUGGAGACGUGAACGAAUGGGAUGGGAUAAAGAGUAUUUAGGUUAUACAAAUGAAGAUAAUCCAUUCGGUGAUCAUCAUCUUUCUGAAUCAUUUGUUUGGAAACGGAAAUUAGAACGACAAGGAUUGUCACAUUUAUCCAAAGAGGAGCUUCAAGUCUUACAAAAAAAGAAAAUGCAAGAGAAUAAAAUGGAAUUGGAAGCUGUUCGACGUAGACGUAUUGAAAGAGAACGAGAACGUGAACAGCAUGAAAAAGAAAUGGAAAUGAUGCAACGAGAUAAAGAAGCAGAAUAUUAUCGAUCAUGGGAACAACAAGAAGACCAUUUCCAUUUACAACAAGCUAAAUUACGUUCUCGUAUUCGUAUUGCCGAUGGACGUGCUAAACCAAUUGAUUUGUUAGCAAAAUAUAUAGCUGACCAAGAGGAAGAUCCAAUGGAAUUUGAUAUAUCAGGUGUAGUAGAAAUUUUGGAACCGACACAAUUUCUUGUUGGCUUAGGUAUAGAAGAUUUAGAAGAUUUACUUGAAGAUAUUAAGGUAGUGUAUAUGGAAUUAGAAAAAGGUUGUAAUGCAGAAUAUUGGCGUGAUAUUACAACUGUUGUUGAAGAUGAAUUAAAUAAAUUGCGUCGAUUAGAAGAAAAUAGUGGAGUAGCUGGUGCAUGCGGUGCCGAUACCAGAGGUCGUAGUUCGGCUACUAUUAGUCAGUCUGUUAUGCAAAGUGUUGCUGAAACAUUAAAGGGUAAAACAUACAAUCAAUUAAGUGCAUUAGAAAAACAAAUUGCUCCAAAGCUACGUGGUGGUGAAGGUGUAGAUGUAACUUAUUGGGAGACAUUAGCUCAAUUUGUUCGUGCUCAAAUGGCCCGUACUCGUCUACGUGAUAUGCAUCAAGACAAUCUUAAACGUAAAUUAGAAUGUUUGCGUCAAGCUCAAGGUAUUGUCUCAGAACCAUUGUUUCCUAGUGCUGUUGUUGCUAAACAGCCAAAUGAUCAUGUCGAAUUGGACAUUGAACAACCUGCUCAAUCUAUUGAAGAUGAAAAUGAUCCUGAAAAUUUCAUCCCACCUCCUUUACCUCCGAUUGAAUUGAACAGAGACGGUAAUCCAGUUAGUAAUAAUGCUAUUGAAGACUUACACAGCGCUGAAGCUAUCAAAGCUGUUCGUGCAGCUGAACUACAAGCGGCUGCUUUGAUUGAAGAAGAAUCGUAUAAUCCGUCGAUUUAUUCACCACCACGUAUUAAUCCGGAUGAUUUAGAAUUGGAUGCCGUUAUUUAUAAUCCAGAAGAUGACCAAGCGAAAAUUGAAUAUCAGCGUCAAGAAGUCUUACGUACAGGAACGAUGCAAGCUACUGAAGAAGAAGAGCUUAUAAGACGAGCUAGAGAAGGCAUGGAAGAUGGUGAAGAUGCACAAUUCUCAGUUAUGAUUCCAGUUGAAGAUCAAUCUUUCCUUUGGUCCGAUAAAUAUAGACCAAGAAAACCACGUUUCUUUAAUCGUGUUCAUACUGGUUUUGUAUGGAACAAAUAUAAUCAAACACAUUAUGAUCUAGAUAAUCCACCGCCUAAAAUUGUUCAAGGCUAUAAAUUCAAUGUUUUUUAUCCGGAUUUAAUUGACAAAACUAAAACACCAACUUAUACAUUAACAUCAUGCGGUGAAGCAGAGAAAGAUUUUGCUAUUCUACGUUUUAUCGCUGGACCACCAUAUGAAGAUAUUGCAUUUAAAAUUGUUAAUCGUGAAUGGGAAUAUUCGUAUAAACAUGGAUUUCGAUGUCAAUUUCAAAAUAAUAUCUUUCAAUUAUGGUUUCAUUUUAAACGAUUUCGUUAUCGUCGAUAAUGGAGAUGAAAAUUACUUUAUACUACUUAAACUUUACAAAAACUUGUAUAUUCUGUAUUUUCACAUUUGUUAUUUAAUAGAAUGUAUAUUUUG